GCUCGCACUUCUCCUUGUGUAUGUGUUUUGUGCCCCAUAUGCCGCUCCAUAGUUAAAAAAAAGCUUUUUAUGUUAUUUGUGAUAAAUCCUAUGUCACAUAUUUUCCCAUAUUUCUGAGACAAACCAAGUUUUAAAAUGUUAAAUUAAAGUUCAGUCUAUGGUUUAUUCCAACUUUUUUAUGUAAUUAUUUAUUUGAACUUAAUAUGCAUCACUAGUCUUCGAUAUUCUAUUGAAUUUAAAGCUCAAAAUGACUGUCCCUAAUAGAACUCUUAUGGCAGUGUUUUGCCAACAAUUAGGAGUAACCGAACCAGCAUUAAAAUUACUUCUUGGAAUAUUAGCAGGAUAUCCUUUGGCUUUAAUACAUCGGUUAUACCUGUAUAAGAAGAGUGAAAAACUACAAUGUGUUUUCUUCACACUGGCUGGUUUAGCAAUUGGUUUCUGGAAUUUUGGUUGGGGUAUAUUCCACUGUUUCUUUUCAGUGGUCUUUACAUAUUUUGUUAUUAGUUUACUUAAGGCAUCAGCACUGAGCGUGGGAAUAGUAUUUAUUUCUACUUUUUCAUAUUUGUUAACUGGGUAUAUUUUAACAAGCAGUGAGACAUAUGAUAUUACCUGGACAAUGCCCUAUUGCAUUCUAGUUUUAAGACUUAUUGGUGUAGCUUUUGAUGCAUAUGAUGGAACAUAUGCUUCAGGUAUUUCAUCGAAUAAGACUGCAUUAAAGCAAGUGCCGACAUUAUUGCAAAUGCUCGGUCACAGUUUCUUCCCUAGUGGAUUUCUUGUAGGUCCACAAUUUUCGAUGGCACAAUUUUUGGACUUCUCCAAUGGUAAAUUUAAUUCCAAGGGUUCUGAUGGAAAAGAACUGCCUCCAGAUUCAUUAAUGGCAUCACUAUUCAGAUUUGGGCAAGGAUUGCUUUAUUUAUCUAUAUUUCAAAUGCUGUCAUUUUAUGUGUCUGAUGACCUAUUAAUUUCGGACGAUUUUGCUCAAAUGUGUAUAUUUAAAAAGCUGAUUUUAAUGGGUCUUUGGGGAAGGUAUACUCUGUAUAAAUACAUAUCAUGUUGGUUAUUAACAGAAGGAGCUUGCAUCAUGUUUGGUCUGUCUUAUAAUAAAAACGAUAAAGGUGAAGUAAAAUGGGAUGCUGUGACAAACAUAAAUUUGAGCAUAUUUGAAAAUUGUACAGAAUUCAAUCACUAUAUACAAUCAUUCAAUUUGAAUACAAAUCAAUGGGUGGCUAAAUAUAUCUAUAAAAGAUUAAAGUUUUUGGGUAAUAAGUAUGUGUCUCAAGCAUCAGUUUUACUAUUUUUAGCAGUGUGGCAUGGGCUUCAUAGUGGAUAUUAUUUAACGUUUUUACAUGAAUUUAUUGUUAUAUUUGUAGAGAGAGACGUAAAAUCGUUUGUGAAAUCAAAUCCAACACUAGAACAACGUUUAAGAAACCCAAUAGUUAAUAUUAUUGUGAUAGUACUACUCAGAUUAUACACAUUCAUAUUUAUUGGAUGGGCACUCCUACCCUUUGUAUUUUUACAGUAUCCCAGGUAUCUAACGGCGUUUGCAAAUUGCAACUAUGCUGGAAUUUUCGUACAUUAUCUAUGGCCAGUUGCGUACGGUCCACUUCUUAAAUUCCUAUUUAAAUUUGUUAGUACUGAUGAUGUUAAAGAUAGAUAGACAAAUAAAAUUGUUGGUUGUAGUAAUA